GGGAUGAAUUCCUACUGGGAAUCCAACUUCGGGGUUCUAGGGACGCGAGUAAAACAUUGGUGAAACGAGUACAAAAGAUCCCUGAUGCGACGCAUCAGUCUCUUCGUUCCUAGCUUUCAAGUUUCCAACUACCGGAACUAGCUCUCCGGUAGUGAGGUAUCUCGCAGGCGAAUCUACCAUCGUCAGGCCUGAAACAUCGAAUACGCGCAAGGUGAAGGAAAUUCCGUACGGUAGCUGGGCAGUAGAGCGAGAUACCAGGUCCUCGGAAGGCGAAAGGAAGAAGAGAGACAGAGAGGAAGAAGAAGAUGGAAGGAGAAGGUGCCCGGAUUCACAUUUACGCACCUGCUCCUCAUACCACGUCCCUACCCUAAAACCUCCUGCCUGUUCAACCUGCCUGCCUCGCUUCAUAGUCCCACUCGGGGAUAGGAAUACCGGCAAGCCUCCGCCUUCGCCCCCGGACCAGCUGUCUCGCUCUGACAGCCGCGUACCGACCAGGCAUCCGUCUCCGUCUCGCCUAAAGGCGAGGGAGAGAAGGAGGAAGGAGUUCUAGAGCCGAGGCACAGAGGAGAGUCUCGCGGCCGCAGCAUCCAACAGCUACUAGCGCUACUAGCGGCAGCCAAACGGAAAGACUCCCAGGCGAGUCGGAGCCUGGCGAGCGUGUGUGCGCCCUGUGUGUGUCCCGUGCGUGUGAACCUCAGCUGCGUGGGUGUGCGAAGCCGCGGCGAAGCCUACCUGGCGGCGUCCGACACGCAGUUCUCUCUCGCGGGAAAGAGCGUCGCGCGCGAGCGAGAGCCUUCUACCUUCGAUCAGCCAGCUUCUAGAGAAUCGACUUUGGACAGAGGCGAGGAAAAGUUCGCCGGGACUCUCCGGUUGAGAUCCUAAAGUGUUCGGGGAGAUCGAAAAGUGCGACGGCGAGAUAUCUGUGCGUGUGUGUUUACGAGAGGUAUAUAGAUAGCGGGAAAGUGGAUACCCCAGAUUGUUGUUAGGGAUCUCGGAUGCUACCGCGAGCCAUCGGAUCGCCGACCAAAAAGGGAUUUCGGACGGAGGAGGAGAUGCGUCGGUGGUUCGCCGGAGGUGACUGAAAGGAAGACCCUGGCUUCCCCAUCAACGUCCUCCAGCAAUCGACAUGCCAACCUGCCGACAUGCCGACAUGCCGACCGACAUUGUAGUUACGUCGGCCUCGGCCACGGUCUCGGAGGAGACGAGCAGAGGUCGGGAACUGGGUCUCGGACCCUCUCCGAGGCCGGGUCCCUCUUCCGCGGCCUCGUCGUCCUCCAGCUCCGGCGCGGCGUCGAGCUCGAGGGGCUUCGACCCAGCCGGCACCCUCGCCGCUUAUCAUCAUCAUCGUCACAGCCUGGUGAGCAGCCUCGGCCAUGCGCACCGGGAGUCGUCCGCCUUCGUGCCUGUGGUGCCUUCAAGGUUGCACCUCACCCCGUAUCCAGGUGAAAUGCAUCCCCAUCUACCUGCGCCGCCGCCCACGUCCUCGUCGUCAGCGAAUUCGGAGCACGAAGUCGGCCCCGAGUCCUCGGUGGCCAGGAAGAGCUCCUCGAGCUACGAGAUCAUGGCCAUGAUGGCCGAUAAGAGGAAGGAGUUGGCGGCUAGAGCUCUCCUGUUACCUCCGCCACCUUUAUUGGAGCCCCCACCCGGGUAUCCGGUCUUCGCCGGUCCUUUUGCCGGCAGUUCCGCUCUGUAUCCCCCGGGUGGUCCACUGGCUCAUCAGCAUCUCGACCGGAGGCUACUCCGAGCGCCCGGUAGAGCGUCCAGACCGAAGAAGCAAUUUAUUUGUAAAUUCUGUAAUCGGCAGUUCACCAAGUCCUAUAACCUUCUCAUCCACGAGAGAACCCACACCGACGAGAGGCCGUAUUCCUGCGACAUUUGCGGCAAGGCUUUCAGGAGACAGGAUCAUCUCCGAGAUCACAGGUACAUCCACAGUAAGGAGAAGCCCUUCAAAUGCAACGAAUGCGGCAAGGGUUUCUGCCAGAGUCGCACCCUGGCCGUCCACAAGAUCCUGCAUAUGGAGGAAUCCCCGCACAAAUGCCCGGUCUGUGCGCGCAGCUUCAAUCAGCGCAGCAACCUGAAGACCCACCUUCUAACCCACACGGAUCACAAGCCUUACGAGUGCACGUCCUGCGGCAAGGUGUUUCGCAGAAACUGCGACCUCCGAAGACACGCGUUGACCCACGCGGUGGGUGACGUACCACCCGAGGCGUUAGAGGAAGCGCUCAGAGACGACGACAGUCCAGAAGAGGACUGUCCGGAACCCGGACCAUCAUCCUCCUCCUCCAUCACGUCCUCGGCAUCCUCCUCGGCACCCUCAGCGUCCACCAGCUCGUCCGGAUAUGCCUCCCAAGGUCCACCCACAACGUCAACCGGCUCCUCGGCACCAGCUACCGUUCCGUCUCUGCCCCAGAGACCCCAGCUUCAGAUUAGAAGAGACCUGCUGCCGACGGCGAAGCCGUCGACGGUCACCAGCGGUGCGUCAGUCACCCAGAACCCACCAGCCGCCCUUCCGCCGCCACCUCCGCUGGUUCUGACCUCCUACCGACGUAGGAUCAGUUCCCCAGGUCCUUCCCGAGUGCUGCUGGAGCUUCAGGAACGCGAGCGGGAACGCGAGCUGGAGCAGAGCAGGGAGAGAGAACGCAACAGGGAACGCGACAAGGAAGUGGCCAGACCUCCUAGAGCGCCAACACCGCAGCCAGCCCCACCACCUCCCAGACCAGCUCCGGCUCGUCAGGGUUUCACCAUUGCGGACAUAAUGGGCCGAUAGAGAGUGCGUUCUUUCGUUGUCGCAGGUAGUCUUGCCCUUUUUUCAUUGUUAUGUACCGUUUGCGACCCAGGAAUUUUGUAGGUACCGUGAGGGGAUUAUGCGAAGCUUAAUAGGGAUGAACAUUCUGCGAGGCUCGAGAUACUCUUGGAAGAGACGUAGAAAAAUGCGCAUUCAGGCAGCUGGUCGAGGCUCUCUGAAAGUCCUGCGUAUUUUAUACUGCCGUAUAUAUUUUUUCAAGCAAGGAGAGGAAAAUGCAUGCCUAAUUCUAAGAUAGUUCUGUUAGACUCGAAAUACAUUCGGUCCUCUCUCGUUUCAAGUACGGAGGAAUAGUUUCCCAUGGAAAAGACAAUUAAGCAAACGCAUACAAAACAAGCGUGCCUUACUCGAGAUCGCCUAUGCGCGAAGAUUUCGGAGAGAUCGUCCUUCUAAAAAAAAAAAAAAAGAGAGAAAAAAAAGAAAAAAACCAGGGACCACUACCGUAGACAGCACUUCUAGACUCCACAUAAGAAAGCGCGCGCGUACAAAGAAGGAAAGAAAAAAAAUCAACAAAUAAAUGGUGCCUUAGAGCGGUUCCAGAGAUUUUCUCCUUCUCGUCCAAUGGAAGACGAAAACGACUGGACCAAAACCGGAAAGGUGGCAUCCAUCCUCUCUCUGGGCCUCAAACACAAACUCCGUUCGUCUCUCGAGCUAAACUACACUUCGUCUUCCAGCAUUCGCCGAUAUUGCGUUGCAACGUAGGAGCAAAAGAGGAGUCCAUCAUAUGGUCCAGGAUUAUGGAACACUUCUUUUGUCCCGGAAAGGGGCGGGAGAGGGAAGAAAAGGGGGGCGAUAAUGCAAAUUUUGCGGUCGGGGUAACAACCGGUGGUGCCACCGUGGCAGGUGCAAUACGGCGCUUUUGUACCUGCCUGCCUCUGUGUCUGUCUCUUUCUCGCGCGCGUGCGCGCGCGCGCGCGAAAUAUAUACCUGCUCCACGCUACUGUACGUGCGUAUAUAUGUUCCGCAUACGCGUGUGCGUGCGCUCCCGCUUUUUUCCCUUCUAAAAUAUUUCGCCGACCCUAGACUGCGAAUGGCACCAAUAUUUUUUUUUUUUUUUUUUCACCCAUCUUUUCCCCUUUGUUCCGCCCCCGCGGGAGGAAGAAGCAUUAAUGGUCCUUUUGUCGGGACCCCAAAGUGUACACCGUCUGACCACAGAAAACGAGAGAGAGAGAGAGAGAGAGGGGCGAUCCUUUUAGCCUAUGCGCCGACACAAAGGUAUACUUUCCUUUAGGUUCGAGAUUCUUUUGAGUCUCAAAACCGUGUAUAAGAGUGACCGUUAAUCGAGAGAGAGAGAGAGAGAUUAUCAUUUUUGAAACGACCAUU